UGUUACCAAAGUAUAAGUGCAGACGUUCAAGAAAAACAAGAAGCAGUAGAUUCAAAGAGAACACUAUAUAUUAUAUCACAUACAAUAUAUUGUUCUUUAGCAAAACACGUAGAGGAAUGAACCGGCAAGAUCUCCUCCUUUCUUCAUCAUCCCGACGGGAAACUCCCCCAUCGACAAAGACCAUUGGAUGUAUGUCUGGCAUUUUUCAGCUCGUUUGCAAAUAUCAUAAUCGCCGGAGAUUUCUCCCUUCCAUAUUAGAAAUUAUUUGUUAGGGAAAGAACCGGAGAAAAAUGGUUUCCCUUCACCAGCAAUGUCAUCUUCCCAGCCUUCUUCCUCUUCUCCACCACAAGAAAAUAGCACCCACACUGACCACCUUGUUCCCAGAAGUCCAGUGAUGCCGGAUGAGAUGAGAUCCUCGCCGCCAGCGUUGGUGGCAAGGCUUAUGGGGCUAAACGACAUUCCGGCAGCAACAAUAGCGGCAGAGAAGCGACGAAGACUCAUAGGAGCACUGGAGAAAUGUGAUGAGGACUUACAGACUCUAAAGAAAUUGAUUGAGGUGGUGAAAUGCGUAGGUGAUAGAGGUGAUAAAAUUCAAGUAUAUUACCGUGGAAGAGAUGAGCUAGAAGCGGCGAGACCUGUGUCAGUAUUGGACGAGUUCACUCGGUCGGGUUUCUGCUCUUAUUCAAAACGUCACAACACAAAUAUAGGAAGAGCGCCACAACCAUGGAAGAUCAUGAGCGCAGGGGAUGAGGAUAUCACCAACGUAAGUAUGAUAGAGAGAAUAAAGAGCGAAAUGAUGAUUCCAAGUGAAAGGAGCAGCGGAAAUUUAGCUGCGCCUUUAUGGAGCAGCAAAGCCAUGGUGGAGAGUGUGAAUGAAGUAUGCAAGGAUAUUGCUUGGGGACAGAGUAGAGAAAUUGGAAGAAUAGGGUUGGCUUUGCAAGAUUACAUAUUCAGAGACCUGAUUGAAGAGAUUGUUAGAGAAAUGGGUUUUUGUUACAUUUACCCAGCGUUGCCGCUUGAAUCAUGUAAGAGAAGACUGCGUUUCUAUUAAAUUAUAAACAGUAUUAAAAGAAAAAAAAAAUCAACAUUUUCUCAGGAAAGAAGAUUGUUUGUAGGUUUCAGACUGAUCGUUGUGUUUUAUCAUUAAUACUUCUUUAUAAAGCUUUCCAUUUUGAAAUU